AAAAACCUGUUUCACAAAAAUGAGAUUCAUCAUCUUCUUCUUCUUCUUUAGGUUUCUGCUUCUUCUGAUUCUGAUUGCGUUAGUGGAAUCUACAUCAACAUGCAACAGUACAGACCAAGAACAAGUCUUCAAGGCCUUCAGAUCAGUCCAAAGCUUCAAUCUUUCUUGGUUCCAAAACCAAAGUACUCCCAACUGCUCAAACCCACCCAUCACACAAAUCAACCUCCAUUCCCGAAACCUCAGCGGCAUAGUCUCAUGGAAGUACCUCAGAAACAUGUCUCAUCUUCAAACCCUUGAUCUGUCAAACAACUCCCUCAAAGGCUCCGUCCCAGGUUGGUUCUGGUCUCUCCCAACCUUACUCCAAGUCGACCUCUCCAAGAACAAGUUCGGCGGCAGCUUCGGCUUCGAAACCGCUUCACUUUCUUCAGUUCAGAAACUCAACCUCUCCAGCAACAGGUUCACCAACUCUGUUCUGCUUUCCGGUUUCCUCCACCUCAAAAUCCUCGACCUUUCUCACAACAACUUGGGAGCUCUCCCUUCUGGUUUUGCCAACCUCACUAAUCUCCAACACCUCGACAUUUCAAACUGCAAAAUCUCCGGCAGCUCCAAACCCAUCUCUGUUCUUCACACAUUGACACACCUAGAUGUCUCCAACAACUCCAUGAACGGUUCUUUCCCUUCGGAUUUUCCCCCAAUUAGUCCCCUUAAAUUCUUGAACAUUUCGUUCAAUAAUUUCACAGGCAUAGUCGGCUCAGAUAACUACCACAAAUUUGGGAAAGCAGCUUUCUUUCAUGCCGGGAAGGCUUUAAAUCUUACAUCUUUCAAUGCUUCCAAUUCCAAAUCCACACCAAAACCACAUUUUAAAUCCCCAAUCCAAAAACCUAAACCCCUCCCAAAACCCAUCACCCUUCAAAAACCCAAAUCUUCAAAACCAAAAAGAACUCUCAUCAUCAUCAUCAGCCUAACUUCUGCCUCCACAUGUGUGCUUGCUUUCAUAGCCAUCUGCAUAGCUUGCAGAUACAGAAGAAAGCAAUUUGCUAAGAAACACAAAUGGGCCAUUUCCAAACCGGUCCAGCUCGACCGGGUCCGGGUCGAGAAGUCCGGCCCGUUCUCGUUCGAAACAGAGUCCGGGACAUCCUGGGUCGCCGACAUCAAGGAGCCAACUUCCGCGCAGGUUGUCAUGUUCGAGAAGCCGCUCAUGAACUACCUCACUUUCAAAGACCUCAUCGCCGCCACGUCACACUUCGGCAAAGACUCCCAGCUUGCCGAGGGCCGCUGCGGGCCCGUCUACACCGCCGUGCUUCCCGGAGAGCUCCACGUGGCGAUCAAGGUCCUGGAAAACGCCAGAGACGUCGGACAUGACGAGGCCGUGGACAUGUUCGAAACCUUGUCCAAGUUGAAACAUCCGAACCUGUUGCCUGUCUCCGGUUACUGCAUUGCAGGGAAAGAGAAGCUGGUGUUGUACGAGUUCAUGGCGAACGGCGACUUGCAUAGGUGGCUGCACGAGCUGCCAACCGGGGAGCCCAACGUCGAAGACUGGAGUGCUGACACGUGGGACCAGAGUGGGGCCUACUCGCCCGAGAAGAAAGGAUGGCUCACGCGCCACCGCAUUGCGGUUGGGAUAGCGCGUGGGCUGGCGUAUCUCCACCACGCGGGGUCAAAGCCGGUCGUGCAUGGCCACCUUGUGACUUCCAACAUUUUGCUGGGGGCGAAUUUCGAACCGAGAAUUGCAGAUUUCGGGUUGCGAAAUUUCGGGAUGAGAGAUGGAGAUGUGGGCGGAGGGACGGAGACGGACGUGUAUUGUUUUGGGGUGGUGUUGAUGGAGCUGUUGACGGGGCGGCCCGGGACGGCGGAGACUGUGGUGUGGGUGAGGAGGACGGUAAGGGAGGCGCGUGGGGUGGACGCGCUGGACGAGAGGUUGAGGGAAGGUGGGGAUUUGGAGAGGGAAAUGGUGGAGAGUCUCCGGGUAGGGUACUUGUGUACGGCGGAGUCACCUGGGAAAAGGCCCAGCAUGCAACAAGUGCUGGGUUUGCUCAAAGACAUACAUCCCAGUUCCACUGCCACUUUGGGUUUUGGUCUGAGCUGAUUGGAGGUGAUGUUUCUCCACGCGCCGAGAGAUCACGUGGUAUUUGAAAAUGGAAUGGUAUUUACUGGGUAAAUUUUGUUUUGAACUAUGUAAUGCUUCUGAUUUUUCAACAGUUAAAUUUAUCAACUAUAGAUUUAGCUAUUGAAAAUUUAGAGCAUGACAUGAUUCGGAACGAUGUUUUCUUCACUUUUUAUGUGUGUAGAAUCAAGGAUGAAUGUGACCACAUCUUGUUGUCUCUCGUAAUCGGAACGCUCGUUAGCCGAGAAACGAUGUUGUAUAUGUUAGAUUACCUCUGUAGAAUUUCGUUUUGUGAUGAAAAAAUCAGAGAGCAUAUCAUUCAAUUUU